UGUCCCUCCGUCUCCGUGUCUCUGAGCGGAGCGGCCGAGUGCGGGGCCAGUCGCUGCCUGGACCUGAGAGAGGCUGGCGGAGGGGAGGGAGGGGGAGAGGUGGCCGGAGAGGAAUAGUGCCGGGCACUGGGGGGGUUUCACAACCCCCGCCGCCCGACCAUGUCCCGCCGCAAACAAGGCAGCAAACCGCAGCACCGCAGCGAACUGAGCCGUGAGGACGAGAAGACGGACGAGGGACAAGGUCCGCAGUCGGCCAUGCUGCCCAGACCGGCCGUCGCGAGCCAGGACCUGCUGACGUGCGGUCAGUGUGGACGCAGCUUCCUGCUCCGCCACAUCCUCGACUUCAUCGAGCACAAGAAGAGCGACUGCGACCGGCCGGCCCGGCUGCGGGGAGCCCCUGGGGGGCCACACUCCCCCCUCGCCACCCGCCAGCUGGCGCACGGGACUCUGCUCGCGGGACACGAGGACGCGCGGGCGGUGGGCGUAUCGGACGUCUCAGGAGAGGGCGCCCCCACCGGAGAUGAGAUGGAGCCCGCCUGUUACAUCUGCAACUCCUGCAAGGAACCUUUCCCCAGCGCCUGGCUCCUGCUACAACACUCUCAGUACAGCCACGGCCUCCACAUCUUCCUCGAGCUGGACCACGCCGAGUCCCCCCCACCGCCGUCCAACGCCGAGAACCCCCCCAGCUCCACGUCGCCUCUGCCUCAGGAGGGCAGCCCCUUCGAGGACCCCCGGGCUUCUGAGACCGCCUUCCGGGUCCGCUCGCCAGCGGGGGCCCUCCUCUUCGCCCCUCCCCUCCACUGCCCGCCGGACCAGAGCGACAGCGGCUCGGAGGAGACGGGCCCCUCGCCGGCCUCGGGACGGGCACUGCCGGACUUCUCCCGCCGGCUCCGGACCCUGGCCGGGGGUCCCGGGCCUUCCCGCCGGAACCACCACCACCAGCAUCGGCUCCCGGCGUUCCCUCCUGGCCACCAGGUCCCCGGGAGUGCCGGUUCCUCGCGGCAGCGCUCGCCUCAUGGCCGGAGCAAGGACUGCGAGUUCUGCGGCAAGACCUUCAAGUUCCCCAGCAACCUAGUGGUGCACCGGCGGAGCCACACCGGCGAGAAGCCCUACCGCUGCCCCUUCUGCGAGCACGCCUGCAGCCAGUCCAGCAAGCUCAAGCGGCACAUGAAGACCCACGCCGGCCUCUUCAACGGUUGGCCGCCUGCCGCGGGCACCCUCUCCGGCAGGGCUUCCAAAGACCAGGCGACUCACCGGCGGAGGUACGUGGAUGAACGAGGUGGGCAGCAGGACCCCGGCGUCACCUCACCGCUUGGCGGCCAGGAGGAGUUCGGCUUGAAGAUUAAGAUGCUGAAGGUGGAGCCGAACUCGGGUGAGGAUCCGCGGCCGGGGGAGCCGACCGAGCGAUCGGACAGCGAGGGCAAUGGGCCCACGUCGGACUCCGAGCUGGCCAACGGCGAGGCCGAGCGUCCCGGCGCCUCGCCCCCGCCCCCGGGCCUGGCCAACGGCUUUGGGUUCCACGCCAAGAGGCUGCUGGGCCCCCCGCCGGGACCCGGCCUGCUGCGGGCCCCCCUCAAGGCUGUGAAGGCCGAGCCAGGCCUACCCCUGGAGGAGGCUGGCUCCAACUUCUACUCCCGCUGGCUGGCCGACUGCGCUGCCUCCCGGCAACCGUCCGCCCCCCCGCCCCUCCCUCCCCCCCCGCCGGCUGCUUCCUCCUCCUCCUCGCCGUCCCCCGCUCCCCGGGCCUCGCCAGCCUCCGAGAACUCCGGGGAGAACAACGCCGGCUCGUGCCCAUCCACCCCUCCCCAGGACGCGUCGGCAGACAGUGGCACGGCCAGCGGGCACAGCACGCCCAAGCGGGCGGCCGGGAACGGCGGCAGGGAGGGGGAAGGCCGCUGGGAGGGACGUCGGCGCAAUGCCUGCGAGUUCUGCGGCAAGGUUUUCCGUAACGCCAGCAACCUGACAGUGCACCGGCGCAGCCACACUGGCGAGAGGCCCUACCGCUGCGAGCUCUGCCCCUACGCCUGCACCCAGAGCAGCAAGCUGACCCGCCACAUGAAGACUCACAUUCAGCCCGGCAAGGAGGUCUUCCGCUGCCACACUUGCAACGUCCCGUUCAGCAUCUACAGCACCCUGGAGAAACACAUCAAGAAACGCCACAGCGAGCAGCUGCAGGAGCCCCAGCUCUUCAACUAGAGGAGGAGGCGCAGCCGCACCAGCAGGGAGCAGGCCCCGCUGCACCGCCGGAGGGUCUCGGGGAGGGGAGAGGAGGGGCCGCCGAGCAAGCCGGUCAAGCCUCUCCUCGGGUCCACACUUCUUCCCCUCUUGCCUCAAUCCCCCCUCCCUCUCCCCCUUUUCCCCUUCCCCCUCCCUCUUCCCUCAUCCCUCCUCCCUUUCCCCCUCCCUGUUUCCCCCUCCCUCCCCCUCUUCCCCCCACUCUUCCCCCUUCCUCAUCUCUCAUCCCCCUCCCUCAUCCCCCCUCCCUCAUCCCUCCCUCUUUCAUCCCCCAUCCCCCCUCCCUCUUCCUCCCUCCCCCAUCCUUCCCGCCCACCACCCCCCCUUCCCCCUCCGCCAUUGUCCUGUGACGUGGGAGUCUCUCCCCCCAUGGAGGUCCUGGCGGAUUUGUGCCUUUCCCCGGAUUCCGACCAACCCCGGGAGUAUCCACAGGCCGCGGCCUUGAGGCAACCACGGCCCCCGAGAGGGAGAGAAUUCCGAAGGGUCUUGGGCCUCGAGUUGAAGAAAUUCCCCCUUCAACACAGACCAAAACGGGACAUCCCAUUCCUGAGACGGUGCCCCACCCGGUUCUUGCUCCCCAUCCACUGUCCACACCUCCCAGAACCUCGUGAGUCUUAUUCUUCCAAACUCCAGAGUGUGUGUGUCAGAAGGCCAUUCCUCCUCCCUCUCUCUGAGCUCAGUCCCCCAAAUCCGCUUCUCACUGAGUCAUGCAGCAUGGAAACAGGCCCUUCGGCCCAACUCAUCCAUGCCAGCCAAGGUCCCAUUUUCCCGGAUUUGGCCCAUAUCCCUCUAAACCUAUCUCUUAGGAUUUAUACCUCUCUGAUCUUGUCUUCAAUCCCACCCUGUGGCAGAGAUCUCCACCCCACUGGAAAAAGGAGUUUCCCCUUUAUUCCCAUUUGGUUUGACUCCAGUCAGUCCUGGAGGAGGCAUCUGCCGAAACUGAGGCCUGACAACAUUCCAGUUGAGUUUGGCUGCCUGUCAAAUCCAAUGUAAUUCCAAUCCCAAGGAACUUCCUUCUCCCUUUGCCAAGGUCGGUGACUUGCGCAGGGGUAUCGACCUUUGGUGCCCGAGGGGAGAGAUGUUCGACCAGACUCGUAGGCCAGGAUUUUGGAAACAGACAGGGUCUUCCGCUUGGUGGUGAGGUGGGAGAAGAGUGGGGCAGUUUGGAGAAAGAAAUGGACAACCCGAAAAAAUGGCCCAGGGGAGUGGAGUUGUCCACGUCACCCGGCCUUUGGCGCUUCUGCCAUGCGGUCAGGGGGAAGGGUCUUUGCCAGGAGUCGGCCGAGAAAUCCUAAACAGCGUCAGCUGCCGUGUGUUUCCUGGUAACGCAAGGCAGCAAGGCAAGGGGGUGAGAGGCAAAGGAACCCAAAGUGCCUUAAACAGGAAUCUCCUCUGGUGUGAACGGGGGGGAGCUCUGUCUGCUGUACCAAGAGCUGGGUUUUGGGAGCAUUAGGAAAUGUCCCAGGACUUGGCGAUGGAGGGAUUGGACUCCAUUUUUCCCACCUCCCCUUCCAACGUCAGGUUGUGAAGUGGCUGACCUGUAUGACGUUACCCUAAACACCUGGAGUUCCUCUCACUUGUUCUCUUGACUCAUCCCUCCCACCAUCCUGGUCUCCCCAGCCUAUUGGAUGACCCAGACUCAGUUAUUAUUUCUGAUUAACAACGAUUAAUUUUCAAUCCCGAGAGGCCCCAGGGUAAUCCAGGCAGGUGGGUAACCCAGCCAUCGGGGUAAGAGCUACUCGGCAUGACACACAUCCCCUGGGGUUUGGGACUUUUCCGUGCUUUCCAAUGACACAACAAAGAGCUUCGAUUACAGGCCUUAAGCUUUGGAAUUCUCUCCCUGACCCUCUGCCUCCCUGACCGAGACACUCCUCAAACCAAAUUUGCAGUCCUAAAGUUUCCAAACGUUUGUUUGAUAACACUCCAAAUCAAGCAGCUCAGGACAGUGGAGGCUGAGGGCGCUAUCUCAAUGGAAGGUGUUGUCGGCAGGCCGAUGGAGGCGGAAGUUGUACUGCUAAUUCUGCUUAGAGUGGCACCUGUUACUUUGAACUGUUGGACUGAACUGCCAGUCUUGCGCCUCAGUCUUCUGUGUAAUCUCUCCUUAUCUCUGACAGACAGAUUCCUGAAUCGCAGAGUGACGUAUUCUUAGGAAUAUAACCAGGCCGUUCAGGGAGCAAUACUCAGGAAGCACCUCCUUCAGACAAGGGCAGUGGAUGUCUGGGGCUCCCUCAACCUCCUAUACGCCUGCCCCCCACUCCCCCCUCCCCCAGAAGCUUUGGGUCAGAAUCGAGUUAGACCCUUAUCGGGCUUGUAAACGGAAGCGUUCAGAUAAAGGACCUGCUUUUAUGUAGCGCCUUCCAUGACCUCAGGACAUCCCGAAGCUGUUGGCGGUUGCUGUCGGAUGUUCAAGCGCUGAUUGGGCAUCUGGGGCUGGAGGGGAUGGAUUCACCGCUUCCUUGGAUUGUACAGGAGGAAAGUGAUUUUGGUAUUAAAUACUCGACACGGAGGAGCAGCCUUCCCGGUUCUCCACACGUGUGUGAAGCCUCGAUUGUUCCAGCUUCAAUAUCCAACCCCACGUGCACGAGGCCUGAGGGGGUGGUCGCUUGGCCUCGGGUGUGAGGGAGGUGACCAACGGGCCUCGGUUCUGCAUGGGGGUGCGGUAGGGAGAAAGCAAACCUCAGGCCUGUGGGGAGACACUAGGCCUCAGGUCUGGGGUAAGGGGAACAAGCAGACCUCAGGUCUGGGGUAGGGGGGAACGAGCCAGGCCAAGAGACUUUGUGGGGAGAAACCAGGCCUUAGGCCUGUUGGGGUGGGAGGGUGUGAACAAGCGGGUCUGUGGGAGGACCAGAGGCCUCGGAUCUGGGGAUGGGGGAAGAAACAGGCCCUGGGACAAGGGACAAGCAAGCCUUGAGCCUGUAGGGAGACACUAGGCCUCAGUCUGUGGAGGAACAAUAAGCCCUGGGCCCGUCAGGAAGAACAGAAGGCCUGGUGUCUCAUGGCCAGCUCACUGGUUGAGCAGCAGCCACCCACCUCCCCCCUGACACCCCCCCCCACCACCCCUUGAGACCCAGUCCCUGUGUGAGCAAGAUGGGAUGUAGGGGCUUCAUCGCUUUGGGAACGUGGCGACUUGGAGCUGUUGGAGCCACAAGACCGCGAAGGGAGGGAGGACGAUGAGGCUAGGGUUCUGUGCCCUGGGGUGGGGGCUGGUGAUAUCCAUUGCCCUCUGCAUAUUAUUUUUUAAGGAUAUUUGUGUGUUUUGUACAUGGCAGCAAAGUGAUUCCUUCCUUCGUGUAGCGUCCGGGGCCUUCAGCCAGGGAUGGGGUGGGGUUUUGUAUGACCUUUGCCCUUCUUUUCUAUCUCCAGUAUCUCUGUGAUAACCAGGGUGGGUUUAAUUCUGUGUCAGACACAGUUUGUAAUGUAAAGGAAGGGGUAGGGACAGGGUGGGAGAUGGAGAAUGCGUUGAAUGUGGUAUUGUCUAAUAUUGUGAAUUAAUUAAAAAAAACUGGCAUGUUCAGGGCAUCUAAAAUUGCAGUUAAACUGUACAAUAUCUUGCCAGGUAGCACUGAACUGUUUUACUGUUUUGCUAUGUGGGGUAUUCGUUUUGGGUAUCAGGGUUUAUCAUGAGUUAAUGUUUGGUAGGGGAUUCUUUCUGGGUGAGGAGGUUGGGGGCCAAGGGGCUGGGUCGGGCAAAUAGCAGUGUUGUCACCGGAUGUACUGGAAGGGGUGUGUUACAGAGGAAAGACACACGCACGCACGCACACACACACACACACACACACACACACACACACACACAAUCUGAAACUCAGGCUAUGUCUCCAAUGACUUUGUAACCAUCACCUCUUGUCACAAGAUCAGAUGUUGGAAGCCACUUCUCCUGGCCCUUCCCCCUUGCCCUUUGAAGACUGCACAAUCCAGGCCAACACUCCCUGCUUCCAACACUGAGGGAGCUCCGCACUGUCAGAAGGAGCCGUCUAUGGGAUGGGACGUUAAACCAGAUCCCCGUCUGCCCUCACCGGUGGACGUAAAAGAACCCUCAGCGUUAUUUCGAAGGAGGGCGUUGGGGGUCAAUCAAAGUGACCAAAAAAAGAAAAACGGGCAUUGGCUUCAAUGCAGUGGGAUCUUGCUGUGUACACAUCGGCUGCAUCGCAGAAGCACUUCAUUGGAUGUAAAGUGCUUUGGGGCGUUAUGAGGUGGUGACAGGUGCUAGGGAAAUGUUGGUGAAGUAUUGUCCGACUCAAGGGGUAAAUGGUUGACACCCUACUAAAAAAUCCCAUGACAACACUGAAAUGAGUGGGGGAGAGGGUUCGAUUACAGGGAAGGUAUUUUGUAAAAAUACUCUAAGCCCAAGUUUUCACAAAAAAAAGUAAUGUUUUUAAUGGAUUUUAUAAUGUUGAAUUUCCUGUAUCUGAAUUAAAAAUGGAUGCUUUGGA